UAUGAUUUUUAUCCAAGGAAAUCUAAGUAAGAAACGGCUAUGGAGACCUUCCUCCGUCUCCGCCCCAUAUCCAUCGCCGAUAAAUUCCUCAAUCCGGCCACAAAGACCCCGUACCCGAGGUCGCCCUUCAACACCGCUUUCACGACCCGGAAACCAUAUAGUAAGUCGUCGACUUUGAUUACCAGAGCAGGGUGGCUUCUGGGUCUUGGAGAAAAGAAGAAGACUCGCUUGCCAGAUAUCGUGAUGUCGGGUGACCCGGUUCUUCACGAACCGGCCAGGGAAGUUGCAAUUGAAGAAAUUGGGUCGGAGCGGAUUCAGAAGAUAAUUGAUGACAUGGUUAAGGUUAUGAGAAUGGCUCCUGGAGUUGGCCUCGCUGCUCCUCAGAUUGGAAUACCUCUAAGGAUAAUAGUUUUAGAAGAUACAAAAGAAUAUAUUAGCUAUGCAUCUAAGGAAGUGACUAAAGCUCAAGAUAGAAGACCUUUUGAUCUCCUGGUCAUUUUGAACCCAAAGCUUAAAAAGAAGAGCAACCGGACUGCACUAUUUUUUGAAGGGUGCCUGAGUGUUGAUGGAUUCAGAGCAGUGGUGGAGCGGUACCUAGAUGUUGAGGUUGCAGGUUUGGAUCGUUAUGGCCAACCCAUCAAAAUAGAUGCUUCGAACUGGCAGGCCCGUAUUUUACAACAUGAGUGUGAUCAUUUGGAAGGAACUCUUUUCGUCGAUAAGAUGAUUUCUAAAACCUUUAGAACUGUAGAAAACUUGGACUUACCUCUUGCUGAUGGAUGCCCCAAGCUUGGUGUUCGCUAGUACUUUGGAGCCGGACAUAAAAUUUGAUAUGCAGUUCCGUGAGGCUUGAUGGAAUUGUUCCAGUACUGCUUCUGAAUGCAAUUGAGCAUGCUGGAAUUCAAGAUUCUUUGCUUAAGAUUGGAAGCUGUAUUCGUGUUUAACUUGGAGAGUCGUAUUCCCGGCAAUAAGAUAGUGCUUCGGGAUUAGUUCAGCUCAUGUUGUGCAAGUGCUUCAAUAUUGGAAGUUACCGAAAAAAUACAACACUAAAACUUACUACUGAAUAAGGAGGAUCGUAACUUUUCCUUUAUUUGUUUUAUCAUUCCAAAUGAAGCAUUUGUCCUUGUUUCUUUGGCAUUAUUGAAGAUGAAUGUGUUAGCUUGAAAGUUCUAUAAUAAUAAAGGUCUUUUCUCUA